AUGGGGGAGGCGGUGGAUAAAGAUCCCUCCUUAGAAGCCGUCGUUAAAGAGGCCGUGGAUUUGGAGAACAUUCCGUUGGAGGAGGUGUUCGAGAACCUUCGAUGCGGCCGCGGCGGGCUGACGUCGGCGCAGGCCCAGCAGCGCCUCGCCAUCUUCGGCCCCAACAAGCUCGAGGAGAAGGAGGAGAGCAAAAUUUUGAAGUUCUUAGGGUUCAUGUGGAACCCUCUGUCUUGGGUUAUGGAGGCUGCGGCAAUCAUGGCCAUCGCCCUCGCCAAUGGAGGAGGGAAGCCACCAGACUGGCAAGACUUUGUGGGUAUUAUUACUCUCCUUGUGAUCAACUCGACAAUCAGCUUCAUCGAGGAGAACAAUGCUGGCAAUGCAGCUGCGGCCCUCAUGGCUCGGCUCGCUCCCAAAGCAAAGGUUCUUAGAGAUGGGCGGUGGAAUGAGGAGGAAGCAGCCAUCCUUGUUCCUGGUGACAUUAUAAGCAUCAAACUCGGAGAUAUCAUCCCUGCCGAUGCUCGUCUUCUUGAGGGCGAUCCGUUGAAGAUCGAUCAAUCUGCUCUUACUGGAGAGUCAUUGCCGGUCACCAAAGGACCUGGUGAUGGUGUCUAUUCUGGUUCGACAUGCAAGCAGGGCGAGAUUGAAGCUGUAGUAAUUGCCACUGGUGUUCAUACUUUCUUUGGAAAGGCCGCACAUCUUGUCGACUCCACCAACCAAGUUGGUCAUUUCCAAAAGGUCUUGACGGCUAUUGGGAACUUCUGUAUAUGUUCGAUUGCAAUAGGAAUGUUUGUGGAGAUUAUAGUUAUGUAUCCUAUUCAGCACAGAGCCUAUCGUCCGGGAAUCGACAAUCUAUUGGUUCUUCUCAUUGGAGGGAUUCCUAUAGCUAUGCCCACUGUUUUGUCCGUCACAAUGGCGAUUGGGUCCCACCGCUUAGCUCAGCAGGGAGCUAUCACAAAACGAAUGACCGCAAUUGAAGAGAUGGCCGGCAUGGAUGUUCUAUGCAGUGAUAAAACUGGAACAUUGACUCUAAAUAAGCUUACCGUGGACAAGAACCUCAUCGAGGUUUUUGCAAAAGGUGUAACUCAAGAUACAGUAAUCCUUAUGGCUGCUAGAGCCUCGCGACUUGAAAACCAAGAUGCCAUAGACACGGCCAUAGUUGGGAUGCUAGCGGACCCAAAAGAGGCACGGGCUGGCAUUCAAGAAGUUCACUUUCUGCCAUUUAACCCAACUGACAAAAGAACUGCUUUGACUUACAUCGACAGUGACGGAAAAAUGCAUCGUGUCAGCAAAGGUGCACCGGAACAGAUUCUCAACCUCGCACAUAAUAAGUCAGAAAUAGAGCGUAGAGUCCAUGCGGUGAUUGACAAGUUUGCGGAGCGUGGGCUUCGCUCACUUGCUGUAGCUUAUCAGGAAGUUCCGGAAGGAAAGAAAGAGAGUCCGGGAAGCCCAUGGCAAUUCAUCGGCAUCCUGCCACUAUUUGAUCCCCCCCGACAUGAUAGUGCGGAAACAAUUAGGAGGGCUCUCAACCUUGGUGUCAAUGUAAAGAUGAUUACAGGUGAUCAACUUGCUAUCGCCAAGGAAACAGGCCGUCGUUUGGGGAUGGGUACAAACAUGUAUCCAUCUUCUGCUUUACUGGGCCAGAACAAGGACGAGUCAAUAGCCGCUUUGCCAGUUGACGAACUAAUAGAGAAGGCUGAUGGUUUUGCUGGCGUAUUUCCAGAGCAUAAGUAUGAGAUUGUCAAGCGAUUGCAAGCGAGGAAGCAUAUUUGUGGAAUGACUGGCGACGGAGUAAAUGAUGCUCCUGCUCUAAAGAAAGCCGAUAUUGGCAUAGCAGUUGCGGAUGCGACUGACGCUGCUCGCGGUGCUUCUGAUAUUGUUCUUACUGAACCUGGCCUGAGCGUGAUUAUCAGCGCUGUGUUAACUAGUCGUGCAAUUUUUCAAAGAAUGAAGAACUACACUAUCUAUGCAGUCUCCGUUACCAUCCGUAUUGUGCUUGGGUUUAUGCUUCUCGCUCUGAUAUGGAAGUUCGACUUUCCUCCAUUUAUGGUCCUCAUAAUUGCAAUUCUGAAUGAUGGUACUAUAAUGACUAUAUCGAAGGACAGGGUGAAACCAUCUCCUCAUCCUGAUAGUUGGAAGUUGGCCGAGAUUUUCACAACUGGAAUUAUUCUUGGCGGUUACUUGGCGGUGAUGACGGUCAUUUUCUUCUGGGCUGCGUAUCAGACUGAUUUCUUCCCGCGGGUAUUCAAGGUCGAAAGCCUUGAGAAAACAGCCCAGGAUGACUUCCGAAAGCUCGCCUCCGCAGUUUACCUGCAAGUUAGCACCAUUAGUCAGGCCCUUAUCUUCGUCACACGAUCCCGCAGUUGGUCGUUUGUCGAGCGCCCUGGUUUGCUUCUCGUCACUGCUUUCUUGGUUGCUCAGCUGAUUGCUACGGUGAUCACUGUUUACGCCAACUGGGGGUUUGCUGCGAUCGAGGGGAUUGGAUGGGGCUGGGCCGGUGUUAUUUGGCUUUAUAAUCUCGUCUUCUACUUCCCUCUCGAUAUCAUCAAGUUCCUAAUCCGAUACGCUCUCAGCGGGAAGGCGUGGGAUCUCGUCAUCGAGCAAAGGAUUGCUUUUACGAGGAAGAAAGAUUUCGGCAAGGAAGAGAGGGCACGCAAGUGGGCGCAUGCACAGAGAACGCUGCACGGGCUGCAGCCACCCGACACCAAAAUGUUCAGUGAUCGUGCGAGCUUCGCGGACCUCAAUCAGAUGGCUGAAGAGGCCAGGAGGCGAGCCGAGAUUGCAAGGCUUCGGGAAUUACAUACACUGAAAGGGCAUGUGGAGUCUGUUGUGAGGCUGAAGGGCUUGGACAUACAAACUAUCCAGCAAUCCUACACCGUCUGAUCGAGCAUCAGCCUCUGGAUUCAAGUAUAAGCAUAUCUGAUAGAUUAAAGAGAAUUAUGGAACUAAUCUCUCUCUCUCUCUCUCUCUCUCUUAUCUACAUUGACAACAUGGUUGACAUGAACUACAUAGCAUAUGGAAAUAGCUAACUAUGCUUUUAAGCCUUGUUAUUCACAAGUUGUAGACACUGUAAUACGUAGGGAAAUCACAGAUGAUAGAAUAAUUUCUAUGAGUUUAUUUGGCAGCAAAAAUUGAAAA